ACACACACCCAUUAUUCGUCAAUCCCAAUCCUCUCUAUGCAAAUGCAGCAACCAACCAUGCCCCACAUGCACAAGCAAAACCCCACACGUACUGUCCUGAUUGCCACAGAAUAGAACCGCCCCCCAAACACACCUAUUUAUACCCCCUCCUCACACACCCACCUCACCAGCCACAAACACAAGCAUAGUCUCCAACAAGUCUCGGCUAAUACAAGUGCAGCUACCAACAUAUAUGUGCACACGCAAGCUAGCUACCCACCAACACGAGCACGUCUCUGCAGCAUCCCGAUCAUGAUGGGCUCGCUCAAGCUGACGGAGAUCGUCUCCAAGAAGCUCGGCGGCGGCAAGGUCACCUCGCCGAGCGCGGCGCCGUGCCCGCGGGGCCACUUCGCCGCCUACACCCGGGACGGGCGCCGCUUCUUCAUCCCCAUCGCCUACCUCGGCAGCGAAACCUUCCGGGAGCUCCUCAACAUGGCCGAGGAGGAGUUCGGCGCGCCCGGCGGCCGCCCCAUCGUGCUGCCCUGCUCCGCCGACCGCCUCGAGCAGAUCCUCGACGCCUUCCGCAGCGGCGGCGGCGCCAAGAAGAAGUGCGCCGGCGGCAGGAUCAGCAAGAUCUGGUAGCAGAGGCAUUGCCAUUGCAGAACACAUGUUGCUGUACUGCACCCUGCUGCUGAGCUGGCUCUGCCAUGCAGGGAUGACUGUGAGAUUAUAUAUUAGCUUCGAUCCAUUGAUUCAUUGGCACUGAACUGCUGAUCAAUCUAGGCGUUGUGAUCGAUCUGUUUAAUUGGUGGAUGUUCUUUUUUGCUGCUCUUCCUGGUCUACAUGCCAAUGGCAUGUUCUCAGGAGACCAGCUGUGGCUGGCAGUACUAUGGCCAACUUGCCAUGAUGUAACAUCUCCGUACUUGUACCAUUCCUUGGUUUUUUUACCUACUUUUUUUUCUCUUCUUUGAGAAUUAUAUUCCACCUUUUUCGUUGUCAUGACUGGUAUGUGUUGUUGUGUGGUCGAUGUUAAGUACGUGCAUUGUAACAUCAUUGUGUAGAUUGGGUGCAAUCUUUUAGAAGAGUUAACAUUUUUAGUGGAAAAUAAAUUCACUUGGGUA